AUGAUGAGCCAAAGUCAGCACAAAAUUGAAAUAUUCAAUAUUCCAACAUCCCAAUCUGAAUAUGCAACUACAACUAUGGCUGGCGGCAGGUCUAAGGCUCAUGAGGUAGACCAAGAAUCCAGCUCCAAUUUACCCUUCAAGAAUGACAACACAUUAGAGCCAUACCAAAUUCUAGAUGCCUUCACCGUCUGUUUCAAACAUAUCCUUGAUUCUCCAGAGUUGGACUCCUUCAUCCAAAAAGUCAAGAGUGAUUUGUACAAUCGGGAUUAUAUCGCCGCUUUCAAUGACGACAACAAGAGAUUCGGCUACGCAUCAAGAUGGAGCCCGUCGCGUGCAUUGGCUUACGCAUCGUUAUUCUCCAACUUGCAACCAAUUACUGAUAUGCUACAGGAGCCUGAGCUAGUGAAGCGAGUGUUGUGUGUUGGUGGUGGUGCUGGAUCAGAGAUUGUGGGAUUGGGAGCGGUAUUUUGCAGACUCAAGGAGUACAAUCCCAACUCUUCUUCGCAGUUGGAUAUCACGGUGGUGGAUAUUGCUGAUUGGUCCAUGGUUGUGAGUCACCUUUCCAACUAUAUGCAGCAGAAUUGGGUGCAUAGGGAGAGCAGCUUGAAUACGCUGUUUAUACACGAGGACAUUUUAUCUGCAAAAAUUGAAGACUUGGCCUCGCUUGACUUGAUCACGUUGCUUUUCACGACUAAUGAGUUGUUUGCUGAAAAGAGAAAGGAGACAAUCAAAUUCUUGCACACAUUGAGCAACGGUUGCAAGAGCGGCACUUUACUAUUGAUCGCUGAAAGUGCAGGCUCCUUCUCCCACAUCACUAUUGGAAACAAACAGUUUCCCGUACAGUUUUUGAUCGACACUAUCUUAGUGGGCAAACAAGGUGAGCUAAAUGGACCCUGGGAAAUUGUUUCCGAGAGUGAGAGCAUUUGGUAUCGGGUGAACGAGAGGGAAGUGUCAUACCCACUAAAACUCGAAAACAUGAGAUUCUUUUAUAGAUUAUACAGAAAGAAAUAA